AGUACACAAAUAAACUCUCUCUCUCUCUCCAGCAAGUGCUGUCUGCUCAUCCCUACUCUGUACCAGUUUUGGCACCACUCUCUUUUCAAUGUCCUUCCCCAUCUCUACCCUCUCUUCCCCUUCAACCUCAAACCCCCAUCUCUCUAAAAGCUUCUCUCUCUCAUCCCUGAAAGGCACACCCAAUACCCCAAAAACUCCCAUCUUCAUCUCACCCAAAGUCUUUGGUUUCUGAAAAACUUGAACCUUUUUUUUUUUUGUUUUUUGUUUUUUUUUUUUUACUGUAAAAGCUUCUCUCUGUCAUGAGUCAUCCAUGAAAGCAAACACCAUAUUGGCCACGCCCAUUAGAGCACACAUCUUCACUCACCCAUAGUCUCAACUCUCAAACCCCCGUCUUUUCUCUUUUCUUAAUUUUGUGAAAAAAUUAAAUGGGGUGCGCGCAAUCGAGAAUCGACAAUGAGGAAUCGGUGUCGAGAUGCAAGGAGCGGAGGAACCUGAUGAGAGAAGCGGUGGUGGCCAGAAACGCCUUCGCGGCCGGCCAUUCCGGCUACGUCAUGGCCUUGAAGAACACCGGCGCCGCCUUAAGCGAUUACGGCCACGGAGAAUCACAGCGGACACAAGAAGAGCUACUCCUCCAUCACGACCAGCGGCCACUCGACCCCACCGCAACCGAGCCACCGCCUCCUCCUCCUCCGCCGCUCGAACACCUCCCUCCGCCGCCGCCGCCUCUGCCGACUUUCACUCCCAGCCCGCCGAUCAAGCGCGCCACCAGCCUGCCGACGGAGGUCAGGAAAACGAGGAUGCAGGGGGCUAGGUUGCCCAUUGCUGAGGAGGACGAGGGCGAGGAAGAGGAGGACCAUGAGGAAGAAAAAGGGUUUCGCCGGAGAUCGAGAAAGGAAAUGGGCGCGGCGGCGGCGACGGGUUCCUCAUCGCCGCAGACGCCGGAGAUGAAGGCGGUGCCGCCGCCGUUGCCGGAGUCCAAGGGUGCGGCUUGGGACUAUUUCUUCAUGGUGGAUAACAUGCCGGGGCACAGCUUGAGUGAGAAUGAAGGUGAAGAGUUUGGUGAAGAUGAGAAUGUGAAUGAUUUGGGUGAUGGGGAUGGGGAUGAGCCCAAGACCCCGGAGAAAGCGGAGGAGAUUCAGGUGAAGCCGGAGGAGAUUCCGGUGUCUCCAGUGACUCCGGCGACAAUUGAGCAUUCGAAGACAGCCCCACCGGAUUUUCAGAGGAUGGUGAUGCCCGGUUUUACUUUGAUGGAAAUAUUGAAUCAGAUUGAUGAUCAUUUCUUAAAGGCCUCGGAGAGUGCUCAGGAGGUUUCCAAGAUGCUUGAGGCCACUCGAUUGCAUUAUCACUCGAAUUUUGCUGAUAAUCGAGGACACAUUGAUCAUUCUGCACGAGUCAUGCGUGUUAUUACUUGGAAUAAAUCCUUCAGAGGCUUAUCAAAUGGUGAUGGAGCAAAGGAGGAAGAUUCAGAUGAUUAUGAAACUCAUGCCACUGUUUUGGAUAAGUUGUUAGCAUGGGAGAAGAAACUUUAUGAUGAAGUGAAGCAAGGGGAGCUUAUGAAGGUUGAGUAUCAGAGAAAGGUUGCUCUACUAAACAAGCAGAAAAAACGCAAUGCUAGUGCUGAAACCUUGGAAAAAACGAAAGCAGCAGUAAGUCACUUGCAUACAAGAUAUAUUGUUGACAUGCAGUCCAUGGACUCUACAGUUUCAGAAGUGAAUCAGAUACGGGAUGAGCAGCUGUACCCUAAACUUGUUUCUCUAGCUGACGCGAUGGGAAAAAUGUGGGAAAAUAUGUGUGCGCAUCAUGACAGCCAGCUGAAGAUUGUUAUGGACCUGAAAGCCCUUGACAUUGCCCAUACUCCGAUGGAAACGACCAGGCACCACCAUGAACGCACUGAACAGCUAUUUAAUGUUGUCCAACAUUGGCAUUCCGAAUUUGAAAAGCUUGUGAUUCAUCAGAAACAAUACAUCCAAGCAUUGAAUAGCUGGUUGAAGUUGAAUCUGAUUCCUAUUGAAAGCAGCUUAAAAGAGAAAAUCUCUUCCCCUCCAAGAGUUCAGCGUCCCCCAAUUCAACCGCUUCUCCAUGCAUGGCAUGAUUUUCUUGAAAAGCUUCCUGAUGAACUUGCAAAAUCUGCAACAUCAUCCUUUGCGGCUGUGAUAAAGACUAUAUUACUUCAUCAGGAGGAAGAGAUGAAGCUAAAGGAGCAAUAUGAGAAUACAAGGAAGGACCACAUGCGUAAAAAUCAGGCAUUUCAAGACUGGUACCAGAAGUAUAUGCAGCGUAAGGGGCCUGGUGAAGCAGAUCAGGAGAAAAGUGAAGAUGCGAACCACAAGGAUCCUAUUGCAGAGAGGCAAUUUGCAGUUGAGAGCUUGAAGAAGAAAAUGGAAGAGGAAGCUGAAGCUCACCAGAGACAUUGUAUCCAGGUCAGAGAGAAGUCACUUGGGAGUCUCAAAACUCGCUUGCCUGAGCUCUUCCGUGCAAUGUCAGACUAUGCUCACACAUGUGCUGAUGCUUACGGAAAACUUAGGUCCAUCACAAUGCCACAAGCUUCAAAUGGUAACUCUCAUGUGUAAUAUCAGUUUGCAGUUUGCUAGAAUGUAGAAAGGAGUAAGGUUAUGCAACUUCAACCACAGUGAAGUACUUUUUGUAUGUGCCAAACUUGUUUCACUUGAGACUUCAUUGGUUAGUAAUCUUUGCAACUUAGUCCUCCUGCAGUCAUUUCUCUUUA